AUGGUCCAGUUCAAAGAGUACACGCGUGAAGAAGUAGCCAAGCAUAAUACCGAAGGGGAUUUGUGGGUCAUCAUCGACGCGAAAGUAUUCGACUUGACGAAAUUCGUAAGAUUGCAUCCUGGUGGCCAAGGAGUCCUAGUCGACUCGGACGUCGCUGGCCAAGACGCAACAGAUGUUUUCUUCGGUCUACAUCGCCACGAAGUCUUACUGAAACCACAAUAUGCCCGUUUGCAAAUUGGAACGAUCAAAGGAGAGGAGGAGCAGAUUAAGGCGCCUCGACCGGGUCAACUUAGCCGGAUGCCGUAUGGUGAGGCUCCUUGGUUGACUCCUGGGUUCCAUUCGCCGUAUUACAAAGAGAGUCAUCGCAAGAUGCAGAAAGCCAUACGAGAGUUCUUUGAUAGGAUGGUAUAUGAUGAUGCACAAGCUCGAGAGUUAGAUGGGAAACGUGUCAGCCAACAAAUUCUCGAUGAGAUGACUAAGAUGGAAAUGCACGCUAUGCGCUUGGGCCCAGGCCCACAUCUGAAAGGGCGGACACUCAUUGGGGGGUCGUUAAACCCGAAGAGGUGCUUCGACUACUUUCAUGAACUCAUCAUUACUCAAGAACUCGUUCGUACUGGUGCAAGAGGGUAUGGAGAUGGUCUCCAGGCCGGAAUGGUUAUCGGCCUCCCACCUGUCCUCAAUUUUGGUUCCGAGGAACUGAAGGCUCGUAUAGUGCCUGACAUCCUUGCGGGGAAGAAAUUCAUUUCGCUCGCCAUUUCCGAACCUUUCGCUGGGAGUGACGUUGGUGGUCUUCGUACCACAGCGGAGCCCAGUGAAGAUAAGAAAUAUUGGAUCGUCAACGGGACGAAGAAAUGGAUUACAAACGGUCAUUUUUCGGAUUAUUUCACCGUUGGGUGCAGGACAGAUGGUGGAUUCACGGUGCUGUUGAUUGAAAGGACAGAAGGUGUGGAGACAAAGUUGAUUAAGACGGCUUAUUCAACCACAGCUGGGACUGCGUACGUGACGUUUGACAAUGUUAAAGUCCCUGUGGGGAAUACUCUUGGGGAAGUGGAUGGAGGGUUGCUUGUUAUGUUGAGUAACUUCAAUCAUGAGAGGUGGAGAAUGGUGGCAGAGGAAUGCAUGAAGUGGGCUUCUCAACGGAAAGUAUUUGGGAAACCAUUACUCGAACAAGCGGUCAUUCGAUCCAAGCUUGCGGGGAUGAUAUCUCGCACUGAGGCUCUUCAAACAUGGCUGGAACAAAUCACAUACCAGAUGUGCCACAUGUCGUACAAGCAAAUGUCGUCUUCUUUAGCAGGCCCUAUUUCAUUCCUGAAAAUGACCUGCACGCAGUCAGCUCAACAAACUGCCAGGGAUGCGGUCCAGAUUUUUGGCGGACGUGCUAUUACCCAAACAGGGAUGGGUCGCCUCAUUGAGCAUUAUCAUCGGACCAUCGCUUUCGAUGCGCUUUUGGGAGGAGCCGAGGAUGUCCUGGGAGAUUUAGGAGUGCGUCAGGCCAUACGCAAGAUCCCGGAAAAUGUCCGUCUAUAA